UAAACUCUCAUCUGAGUAAUACAUGUAUAUGGAUCUAAUCACUUCUUUUUUCCUACUUGACAGAGCGUGCGAGCAGACGACAAUAACUCAGCGAGCGGCAAAGUGACGUCGCACACGUGACUGACCAGUGAGAUCCAAUCAGAGUUAUUAAUCCGGUAGAAAGGACCUGUUCAAACAGUGGCAAUCAGUCAGCGGAAAGGGGUAGCCCUGUCAUUGAUCACCAACCUGGCGACAAACGCAGCAGGAUAAACAGAAACAAUAUCGGAUAUACAAUGGCAACCGACAACAGAAGAUUCCCCGUCUUUACUGUGACUGAACAGAGGUGACCAUUUGGAUUUGCUGGCAGAGGUUGUGUGAAUAUUGUGGACGAUUGGCUUUAAUGAACCCACUGUCAAUAGAAGCGAGAGGUCUUUCAGUUAGUGUGUCAAUCUUUAUGCCUUGUUGACAGAGGGCAUGAUCUCAUCAACAGAGCAGCGACUGUAGACUGUAUACAACCCUUCUACGACGACUGCUUUAAGGAAUAACAUUUAUGUGAAUUGUGACUAUAUUACGAGUAUUCAGUAAAAUGUAAGGAAAUGGAUUGUUUUAUAGUGAUCUGAUUUUGAUUGGAUUUGUGUCUGAAUCCACCAUUGUGGAAUGCAAACUAUUCCUCGACACUGACACACCGAGGAUGACAUCUCAAUGAUUGGCUGUGUUAACGAGGUAGGCUGUCAUUGAAAAUGAGUGCCCGUAGCAAAUCCAGUGUGCGACCAGUGUCCACUAAGGAAGUGAGACUGGUUGACAGUCGAGGUGAACCCACCGAUGAUCAACUGGAUGACUUCAUCCAGAACUGUGACAGCGAUUCAGAUAUAUUCGCUUCCGGGUCCAGUUUCAGUGACUUCGAGACAGAUGAAGGGCGGAUAUCACGUGCCUUGCAAGACUGGAUGCCGGAAUAUUCCGUCCGCGGCAUCGAACCUCGAGAACGGAUGGUUCGGGAACUUGUCUACAGCGCCAGACUUGGUAGAGAACCCCGGAUAAAGAGAACAGGCAGCGAAGAAUCCAUCACAACCCAGCUGUCAUUGCUGUCGUGUUCUUCAAACGGCAGGCGAAUACAAUUGGUGAGACGAAGAAGGAAAAGAAAACCUAAAUCUGAAACCUCCUCAGAAAAAACACCCGCCGUGAGUAAAUGGAUUGCACUUGCUAGUAGGAAGGUCGGUGCUUUAGAUAAGAUGAUGAAAAGGCAGGUGACUCAGACAGUGGGUACGGGAAUGCCAGAUGCAAAUGAUAGCAUAUUUGAUAUGUUGGAUAAGGACGAGCAGAGGAUGGUUUUUAAUUGUGGUAAGAGUACAGGACUCAAUAUGGCACCGGGGUUGAAGAAAAGCGGGAGCAUGACGGACAUCAGGAACGAUGUCAGGCGACCACAGAGGCCUCAUGCUUCUGCAGGGAGGACAAGGUUUCGGGGGAAACCUAUUAAUUUUGAAGGGUUAAAGGAGCAGAUGAUUAAACAGAGGUUGGCCCAGCAGGUCCGCAAACAGAUGAUUCUGUCCAGACAGAGCUCCAAGGCAUCCCUACUUGGUCGGAAGAGUCGAAGUAGUCGAAGCAGCAUCAGACGACUGUCGACCUCUUCGACCGUCAGCGUGGACGUGUUUAAAACACCCACGGAGUCUGUAGUUCCUGUGACGUCACAGGAGGAACCGGAAGUGAAGACAACGAUGUGGGCAGGGGAUACUAAGAUAUUAGCGAUUGAUAUGAACAGAGAGAUGACGACGAAGGUGAAAAAGAAGAUUGCAACGACAACCCGUGCUCUGACUCGUGCUACAGGUUAUGGGGACGAUAAUGGACUGAGGACUACAACAGGACCCUUGGAGGAGUUCCCAUAUCUUGUCGAGGAGGACUACGGUUAUUUACCAAAAAUUGUGCAAAAGAUUCGCAUAUCGCCGCAGCUGAGUAGUGUCAUUCAGCAGGAUAUUAAAGUGCGCAUGGGAAGACCACGGUAUCACGAGAUCUCGGUACAAGAUCUCGCUAUGUGGGACAGAGGCCAGAACCUGGACAGGACACAUCGGAACUUGAAGGUGUUUAAUUGGCUCCACAGUCUGCGGGAGGAGGAAUUUGAUAACGACCUUGACCCUGUGAUUGAUGAUAGGCCUCCAGGGGAAAACCUGUCUAGUGCGGACAUGAUCCAUGUAAGAGCGGUUGAUGAGCCUAAAGUAAAACCUUUAUUUGAACGAUUGAAAACGCAUUAUAUAGUAUGAGUCUGUUCGUUUACUUAUUGCGUGUUAUGUAAGAAGUAUGUCUCGAUUUAUUGAAUGCAUGCAACGCAGUUGCUGUUUACCAGGCAUAUGUUUGAAUCAGUUAUUUCGACAGUUUUUGUUGAUAAACAAUAAAUGCCACGAUCACCUA